GGGCUCUGAUUGGCUGAUCCACAGUCUGACAGUCAGAUCUGCUGGACGAUGCUGACACUAAUGAAGUGAGUUCAUCUCGAGCGGACUGCGUCUCCACUAUGCAAUGUACAAACUGAUGGAAAGUCGAUAGAUGAGUGCGAUAUUGUAGACAGCGCAUCCGACAGUUUAGAACUUCCAGCUCAACGCAACAUGUAGAGCGCGGCUGGCGCCCAGACGAGCCCGACAGACUGGUGCUGUAUAACUGUGAUCAACAUGAUUCCGCCAGCGAACAUGAUUCAGGAGGACACCAUGGGCAAGGAGAACGAACGGGACCACCGUGAGCCCCAGUCACCCACAUCCAUCAGCCAGCAGGAGUCAAAGCUGCAGAGGCUAAAGCGUUCACUGUCCUUCAAGACCAAGAGUUUUCGCAGCAAAAGUGCUGAUAAUUUUUUCCAACGGCCGAUCGAGGAUGUGAAGUUUCAAACCGAACUGCUCUCGGAUGUCAGCAGCAGCACUGGUCAUCUGAGCACCAUCGGUGUGUCUGUCUCAGCCUCCCCAGCGAUGUCCCUUCCUCCACCACCCCCUCCACUGCCCACCGUCAUCCCGGGCAACCUUCCCAUCACAAUCUGUUCUCCAUCCCGCGGCCCCCGCCCGGCAGACCCCAACGCACACACCUUUCUAGAGCACAUCUUCAAGAAGCCCCAUUUCUGUGAUGUCUGCAACCACAUGAUUGUAGCUUGCCAAGGGGGAGCAGGCAAGGUGUUCGGCACAAAUGCUAAGCUGGGCCUCCGGUGCAAAGCCUGCAAGAUGGGCAUCCACAACAAGUGCCUGGAUCGAGUUGGACAGCAGAGAUGCAUGGGGAAAUUGCCCAAAGGUUUUCGGAGAUACUCUAGCUCCCCUCUGCUGAUUCAGGAACAGUUUGGCUGUAUUAGGGCGGUUAUGCCUAUUGCCUGUGGCAGUAAAGUUGACCCGGUGUAUGAGACUCUGAGAUUUGGAACCUCUCUGGCACAAAAGACCAAGCGGAUCAGUGGAUCGGAGUCACCACAAAACUCUUCCAGUGAUGUGGUUCAGGUACCAGAAGAAAAGGCGGCCCACAUCAGUCGAGCUCAACUCACCAGGAAACCCAGUGACAACGUUUUUGCGCCCCUGGAGAAUGGAACAGAACAUUUUCAUAUUGCUGAAAGGAAAUCAGAAGAAUCACCUUCAAACAGAGAGCUGAAGAGGGACCCACUGCAGCUCAAUACUUAUGUGGCUUUGUUCGAAUUUACCCCCCAAGACAACCAAGACCUAGAAAUGAGACCUGGAGAUCGAAUAAUCCUGGCAGAUGAUUCCAAUGAUGACUGGUGGAAGGGUGUGAUUGAAGAUAGAAUAGGUUAUUUCCCAGCAUCCUUUGCACAUCAGGUGAGGGCAGGAGACAGGGUGUUCAUAUGUAACCGAACCUUUAUUGGCUGUAAGGAGCAAGGGCAGAUCACCCUGAAGGAGGGACAAAUUUGUGUCAGCGGUGAGGAUGAACACAAUGGCUUCAUCAGAGUAGCCAGCGGGAAAAAGAGAGGAUUCGUGCCCAGCGACGUCCUGGAGAAUAUAUGAAGUGAAAGGACAGAGAGAAGAGAUGGUUAGUUUAAAGAAAAGGAAAGACUUUCCAGGGCGAUGACUCCAACACUGCCUCUGUGACUGUUUGAGUGAUCUUUGAGUCCACCUGUAGGGUGACACUGGAGGAGGACCCCUGUCAGGAGGGACCCCUGUCUCCCUCAGUGACAAUGGAAGAAUGUACAGUGACCCCAAAGAGUAUUUGGACAUUUAAGUUGCACCUAAAAACUUAUAAACCAUCUGCAAACAAAUGAUGCCAGAGCUUUUCUUACUUUUCUAAGCAAUUUUUUCAACCAAAUGUAUAUGCGCAAAUGAAAUUGUUGCUUACUAAGUUGUGGUGGUGAACCCAAAAAUAGUGCCUGUUUUUCUCAAGUACAUCACACUUUCUCACAAAAUGUGAUGUGCUUUUUGUAGCAUUUUUCAACAACCAUUUGUAAGGUGAAGAUGUCCUGUAUUACCCUUUAAUUACCAGAAAAACUGCCACAAAGACAUGAUUUCUAUCUUCCUCUGAGCCAGUUUACAACUUUUUGUUCAGUUGUCAGCUGGUUUUCACAUGUAUGAGGCCUUGAUUUUUUUUUUUUUUUUUUUCUUUCAAGAUGCAGGGCUAGUUAUUAUUUAAAACCUAAACUUAUAUUUCCUUCAAAUAAAUUCCACUUGGUUUGAUAUUUUGAUUUCUAAUCAUUUUCAUGUCUAGCUUGAAUGUCCAGUUACUUCUUGGGGCCACUGAAUGUGUCAUGUUUUCUGUAUUUAAUUUAUUGAAUGUUAACCACAGAACUUUCCACUAUCAACUAUUCGCUAUAGCAUCAAAACUCACAUUGUUUUGAAAUAUCUUAAUUGUAAAGACAACAUAUUUAAUGCUUCACAUAUUUCCAUAAAAUCCAAUACCUGUCUAAUGCUAUGUAAUAAAAAUAUUCUUUUUUUUUCAGCCAUUCUUUCCAAUAAAUGUGCAGGUGUUUUUUGUUAUUCAUAAUACUUCAGAAUUUGACGAUUAGUUUAAUUUAACUUGCAUUCCCAAAAUGUUAUUUUCCACUCUGAGAACAGAGCAGGAAUGAACAGAUCUCAGCUGUGUCAGGAUUCUAAGUGUUUUCAGAUGUUACUUCUAAUUCAAAGCAGAACAUCGACAUUCCUCGAUCAAACACUCUCCAUGGCUGUGUGUUUCAGCGAACAGAUCUUUGUUUUUAAUGUCCUAGUGUGUUCAGAUGUCUGUUAAACAUAUAUGUGCUACAUGUCAUUUGUACUAAUUCUCUUUUAUUAUUAAGACAUUUUAGGAAAUAAACAUUUUCAUUUUGGAAUUUUGAAUAUUAAAAAGCUAAAUGAAGCAGAUAUAUGUAUUGCUACACCAUUACAGCAGGUGUGACUUAAAAGAUGACUGCAGUAAAGAUUUCAGAUUCUUUAUUAUUAUUAUUUUUUGAGUCUAAUCAUGGAAGAAUAGGCAUCAUGUAUUGUCCAUUUUUAAUGAUACAUAAUCUCUGUCCUUUAUAAGUUGUCUCAUAUAUAUAUAUAUAAUUUAACUCAUCUUGUCUGGUCUUUUGAUAAUAUUUUAAUUUGAGCUAAACGAAGCUUGCUGAUUGUACAGCAUCAUGAUAUUGCUGUGUAUAUACUUUAUGUACAGAAUUAAAGUUUAUUUAUUGAUCUA